GACAUGGGAAAAUUUUCUUUGACCUAUGAAGCCUCUAUGACACGCUUGUUCAGAGAAGGCAGGACUGAAACUGUUCGUUCAUGUACUGUUGAAUCCACUAACUUUGUUCGAACCAUGGAAGACCCAACUGAAAGUAAUGAAAAUAAGCUGAAGUUCUUCCGGCUUGCUGCUACCAAACAUCAGCACUUAUAUCGGCUCGCCAUGACUGGUGCUGGCAUUGACCGCCAUCUCUUCUGCCUUUAUGUUGUGUCCAAGUACCUUGCUGUAGAUUCUCCUUUCCUUAAGGAAGUUUUGUCAGAGCCUUGGAGACUGUCAACGAGUCAAACACCGCAGCAACACAUAGAUCUAAAGAAGAACCCAGAGAUGUUAUCCUGUGGCGGUGGAUUUGGACCAGUGGCUGAUGAUGGUUAUGGUGUUUCAUAUAUUAUCUUGGGUGAAAAUUCUAUCCAUUUCCAUGUCUCCAGCAAAAUAUCGUGUUCUGAGACGGAUUCUCAUCGUUUUGGAAAAAACAUCCAAAAAGCAAUGGUUGACAUCAUGGGUUUAUUUAACCUUAGUACAAAUACCAAAUGA